GGGACUGCCACCACCCUCACAGACAUCCAUGGUUCAUUGCCCACUAGGCUCCUGCUUGCCCCAGCAUCCUCUGCGCAGCCACGCAGAAGCCGGGUGCCCCUGGGAGCCUGGCUAUCAUGCCAUCUCUUCUCCCCGUCUCCUUCCUUCUCUUCCUUACCUUAGUAGGAGGCAGGCCCCAGAAGCCCUUACUGGUGGAGGUAGAAGAGGGAGGCAAUGCUGUGCUGUCAUGCCUCCGGGACCCCUCACCUGCCUCUUCUGAGAAGCUGGCCUGGUAUCGAGGUAACCAAUCAACACCCUUCCUGGAGCUGAACCCCGGGUCCCCUGGCCUGGGUCUGCAUGUGGGGCCCCUGGGCAUCUUGCUAGUGAUUGUUAAUGUCUCGGACCAUAUGGGAGGCUUCUACCUGUGCCAGAAGAGUUCCCCUUUCAAGGACAUCUGGCAGCCUGCCUGGACAGUAAACGUGGAGGAUAGUGGGGAGCUGUUCCGGUGGAAUGUUUCAGACUUGGGGGAGCUGGACUGUGACCUAGGGAACAGAACCUCUGGGAGCCACAGGUCCACUUCUGGUUCCCAGCUAUAUGUGUGGGCUAAAGACCAACCUAAUGUCUGGGGAACAAAGCCUGUGUGUGCCCCACGGAGGAGCAGUCUGAAUCAGAGUCUAAUCAACCAAGAUCUCACUGUGACCCCUGGCUCCACACUUUGGCUGUCCUGUGGGGUACCCCCUGUCCCAUUGGCCAAAGGCUCCAUCUCCUGGGCCCAAGUGCAUCCUAAGAGGCUUAACGUUUCAUUACUGAGCCUAAGCCUUGGGGGAGAGCACCCAGUCAGAGAGAUGUGGGUUUGGGGGUCUCUUCUGCUACUGCCCCAAGCCACAGCUUUAGAUGAAGGUACCUAUUAUUGUCUCCAAGGAGGCCAGACCAUCGAGAUGCAUGUGAAGGUCAUUGCAAGGUCAGCAGUGUGGCUCUGGCUGUUGCGGACUGGUGGAUGGAUAGUCCCAGUUGUGACUUUAGUAUAUGUCAGCUUCUGCAUGGUUUCUCUUGUGGCUUUUCUCUACUUUCGAAGAGCCUUUAUUCUGAAGAGGAAAAGAAAGCGAAUGACCGACCCCGCUAGGAGAUUCUUCAAAGUGACGCCUCCCUCAGGAAACGGGACCCAGAACCAGUAUGGGAAUGUGCUUUCCCUUCCUACAUCCACCUCCGGCCAGGCCCAUGCUCAGCGUUGGGCUGCUAGCCUAGGGAGUGGCCCUGGGUCCUAUGGAAAUCCACGCAUUGAAGUCCAGGAUGUUGGAGCUCAGAGCCAUGAAACAGGACUGGAAGAAGAAGGGGAGGCCUAUGAAGAGCCAGACAGUGAGGAGGGCUCUGAAUUCUAUGAGAACGACUCCAAUCUUGGGCAGGACCAGCUAUCCCAGGAUGGGAGUGGCUAUGAGAAUCCUGAGGAUGAGCCCAUAGGGCGAGAGGAGGAAGACUCCUUCUCCAAUGCUGAAUCUUAUGAAAAUGCAGAUGAGGAGCUGGCCCAACCGGUCGGCAGGAUGAUGGACUUCCUGAGCCCCCAUGGGUCUGCAUGGGACCCCAGCCGGGAAGCAUCUUCGCUUGCAGGGUCCCAGUCCUAUGAAGAUAUGAGGGGGAUCCUGUAUGCAGCUCCUCAGCUCCAUUCAACGCGGUCUGGUCCCAGUCAUGAGGAAGAUGCAGACUCUUACGAAAACAUGGAUAAGUCUGAUGACCAAGAACCAGCAUGGGGAGGAGAGGGACACAAGGGGGCUUGGGGUACCACAUGACUCCCAAGUGACUAGGUGAGCUGGAUACUGCCCCUGGGAGAGGGGAGGAAGAGGGAGAUAAACAAGGAUGGUAAUGCAGCUCUGGCUCCCGGGGAGAGAAAGGGUUUCCUGGGUCCCGUGAACGGGGCCUAGACUUCUUCCCAUACUUGUUUGUUUGUUUGUUUGUUUGUUUAUGUAGCCUGGACUUCCUUAGAUCUCAAGAACCACAUCUGACUCUGAAAUCUGGAGAUCCCAAGCAGAUGGUGUCAGUCAGUCCUAAACAAGUCAAUCACCUUGUUUAGGAUGUGCGUAUGCAGACACACACACUCACACGCAUACAUAAGCAAAGCUUCCUUCUAACCCUUUUUGCUUUCCCCAAAUAAACUCAAUUAGCCACUCAACUUCUCUGAAGCAAGCCCUUGUGUGGGAGAAGAAGGAACGAUGGGGCUGAAUCCAGCCCUGAAUCACCCACAGGAAGAAGAGCUGAGGUCUGAGUACAUCCUGGUCCUAGCCUUCCCGUGGCCUGGCAUUUAGCCACUAACAUCCAAUGAUGCAAAUAUGUUCAGCCACUACUCCACAGUGUCGCACAAGGAAGGGACAGUGAUGGGACUGGCAGUCUGUUUGGUUGGAACUCCUUCUCACCCCUGCACAAACUGGGAAACCCUGUCUGCCCUUCUCUUCACCCUGCCUGCUUCAGGCUAACAGGUCCCCCUCACUUCCUCCGGCAACCCACCUCAGUGCCUAUCCAGGGUUCACCUUCUGUGGACACCAUCCCGGCUCUGAGCUUAGUAUCAUCACCCCUUGUCUAAGACCUAUAAAACCCCCUUACCUUAGUCCAGGUGUGCCAUUUCCCUGCCCCCUCCCCUGUCCUUGGGAACCCGUGAAUCUACUCAAGAGCUGCUCUCAAUAAAUAUGCCUUUAUACUUCUCAA